GCCAGCACCACCAACAUGCCGCACCACAACAUCGUCUGCGAGUGGCUGCGCACCAUUGGACUGGCGAGCUACGGCGAAAGUUUUCUGGAGAAUGGCUAUGAUGAGUUGGAGAUCUGCAAGCAGAUCGGUGAGAUCGAUCUGGAUGCCAUCGGGGUGGAUAAUCCUUCGCAUCGGGGAAAGCUUCUGAAAAGUGUGCGAAUGCUGAGAGAGAAAGGCGCUGCCAUUGUCUAUGUGCUUAUCAACGACCCCAAGGCUCUGAGCAGCAGCAACGAGAUUCUGGCCUCCGACUGUGAUACGCCGGUGACCAUGAAGGAGCUGGAGGCGGUCAUGAAGCGGCACCUCGAGGCAGAUGGCAUUCGACUUACGGCUCAUCCGUACUCCACGCCGGAGGGCAAACGUGGCUAUCUGGAGGGCCUGGCCGCCCAUUACAGCAAACAGAUCAACAUGCCCUACGACGACGUGCUGGACGCCAUCGAGCAGGUGCGUUUGUCCAAGUGGAAAGAGCGCCACGUGCGCAUCUCCACGGGGCACACACUGUCCCGCCGGAUGGCUGGGCCCAGCAGCAGCAGCGGAACGGGCCUGGUCGGUUCUUCGGUGAUGCCCACCAGCCAUAGCCAGCCGCUGUAUGUGCCCGGCAAGUACUUGCCCUCCAGUUGCCUGUCAAAUCGCGAAGAGAACGAGAUCUACAGCUAUACGCAGAAUGAUUUGGCCAAUCGCAUGGCCCGCAACGCCAUCGACUCCAAGUCGGCUCUCAAUCUGAACGGAAUGCAGCACAGUUACCCGGGAGCACGGACCAAUUUCUUUUACGACUUUUCGGCAACAGAGGGCCGGAACAAGCACAAACAGCGGCGAACGGUCUUUGCCAGGUUUUUGCAGGGCCUCCGGCAGAGUGGAGAUGAGCUGAACGCCACGGAGGGAAUGCAGUUAAAGACCAAUGAACGCCUGAGAAACUGCAGCACGAUGAAGCGACCGGAACCGCAUCAGGACUUUGAAAAGACCAUACAGAGACUAAAGACACAGAAGGCUGCCCAAAAGAAGCCAGCCAGUGCUCCCUUGGAAAUGGCUUUGCACGACCGGAACAAGGAGGUGGCCCACACCCAUGUCAACGAGAUGCCGCUCAAUAAUUAUACGAAGCAUCCCUAGGAUUCGGCCCUGAGCAGCGCAGCUGCUUAGAUCUCAAAAUCCAGGAUAACCAGCAAACAAACACAAACACAAACAUACACUCACUUAUAUAAAUUGUUGAAUCAAUCAUUAUUCUCAAUCAGGUGAUACACAAACUUAAGCAAGACAGGAUCAUAAUCUAAAGGAUGAGGCUAAAUAGGAAAAGGAAAUAUAAGCAGGCCAACGAAGCAAUAUUAAUGCACUCAUAACUCAUAAAUAGCCAUAGGAAUAAUAUCUGCAAGUGUUGAGUUUAACUUACCUAUAGGACUAAUUGACAAACCCAACCUGAUCAACACCACCCAGAGCCCACUGUAUAGUCACCUGACCAUUAAUGAACAGUAAGCCUAGUCUAAGCAGCACUUCACCUCCCCCUUCCAAACCAAUACUACUAUAAACUGCACAGAGAAGAAAUCUAGCCGAAACAAAAUCACUUCAUUUUUACUAUAUAUAUAUAUUCUAAAACUAACUAAGAAAUCUCCAAUAUAAAAGAAAAUUGAAAGAAGUCUUUUAAAAAUCUUUGAAGAACUUUGCUUUAAGUCCUGCAAAGAUUUCUAGAACAAACUCAACAUAAAAACUAUUUCUGAUAAACCACUUAUUUUUCUCUGUGUGCGUACUCCCCCAUCCAACCAGAAUCAAUCUCGAAAUGCUCUUGCCCCGAAGUCUAUCGGCAAUUAUUUGAACACCCCGAGAAAGCCGCCGCAGCAGCAGUCUGCGAAUGCAUCGACAACUGGCCGGGGGAAUGUUGACAAAACGCAAAAAUCCAACAAGCUUAACG